CCCAGGUCCCGAGCUCCGGGCGCGACGCCGAACAGAGCUUGGGGCAGGCCGGCCUUUGUUGAUCUGGGGCAGCGGCUCCGGUCGGGGCGGGGCGUGGGGCGGGGCGGCGGGCCUGGUGACUACACGCUCGCCCGGGUCCGCGCGUCCGCCGGCCUGGCAGGCCGGGCGGAGAACAUGGCGCUGCCCCCUGCUGCCGCGCCCCCCGCCGGGACCCGGGAGCCGCCGCUCGGCCUGCCGCUUUCCGCGCUGCGGCCCGAGCCUGGCGACGUCCCUCUGCACUCGCCCUGGACCUUCUGGCUGGACAGAUCCCUUCCUGGUGCCACGGCAGCUGAGUGUGCCUCCAAUCUGAAGAAAAUCUACACAGUGCAAACAGUGCAGAUAUUCUGGAGUGUGUACAACAAUAUCCCUCCUGUGACCAGCCUGCCUUUGAGAUGUAGUUAUCACUUAAUGAGAGGCGAGAGAAGACCACUUUGGGAGGAGGAGAGUAAUGCAAAGGGUGGUGUAUGGAAGAUGAAAGUGCCCAAGGACAGCACGUCCACAGUUUGGAAAGAAUUGUUGUUAGCGACCAUUGGGGAGCAGUUCACAGACUGUGCAGCAGCAGAUGACGAAGUAAUAGGAGUCAGUGUGAGUGUUCGAGACCGAGAGGACGUCAUCCAAGUCUGGAAUGUCAAUGCCUCAUUAGUGGGUGAAGCUACCGUGCUAGAAAAGAUCUAUGAACUUCUGCCCCACGUAGCUUUUAAAGCAGUAUUUUAUAAACCCCAUGAAGAGCAUCAUGCUUUUGAAGGUGGACGUGGAAAACACUAAUUGCACUCUGUAAAGAAUUCUUUGUCCUUUGCUGAUUGGUUUUGGAAACGGUCUUAACAGGAGGGAGAGUGAAGAGAAGACUUGCCGAAGCCCGAUGCUGGUCCAUUUAGAGUGGGUUUCUGUCCUGGCAGACUGGGCAAUUAGGACUCAAAAUGGCAGGUGGGGUGGGGGGAGAGUGUGCGUUUCUACCAUCAUAUCACUUGCUUUUUAAAAGAAAACUAAUUUUUUUUAGCUUUCUAAAUUCUUUGCUCCUGUUCUUUUUCGCCCCCGUAAGAUUCCCUGUUCAGGCUAAUUAUUGUUUUCUGCACUCCCUUUCAUUGAGGCACAACUGGGUUUCCCCUUCAGUAGCCCUGCUGUACCUUGUUAAGGAGAAUCUGCAUACACCACAUCACUGCCUGGGAAGCCACACUGUGCCAGGAGUAAUCCUAGCCUACAAAACCCUUUUCUGACCAAUGGUUGUGACAUUUGCUAUGUACUAUGAGCUGGGCAUUAUUUCUUUUGUGUGUGUCCCAGAGAAAAAGAAAAACCCUACUCACUCGUGGCACACACAUUACAACUUUUUUUUAAAAAGCAGAAUAAGGAAAAUAAUAGUUUGUUUAUUUAAUGUGAACACUUUAACCACAGUCGAGAAUCGGGCUAAAAAUCAAACUUUAGGUCUUUGGGCCAACUGUGCAAAUAUUUCUAGCCAGAACCUCAAUCUGGUCUUUUCAUUGAAAGGCUCCAGAUUUGUCCUGGGAGGAAACCUGGUAUUUCUGACUUAAAGAAGAGGCAAUACUUGUUAAUUGUAUAGAAUGAAGCUUCUUCCAAAGUUGGAGUGUGUUUACCCAUUUAGGACUUUACAAAUCAAUUCUAACACCUUUUGUUAGAAGAUCCUACUUUGCUGCUCAUAUCAUAUAGGUGUAGUUUCUAGAAAUCAAUGGCCCUCCAUGGGCAUCCUUCUCCCUCAUUUGCACACUGUUGCAGAAAGCCAAGUCUCAUUAUCAAGAUACACUGAACUCUUCUAUUUGAACUUUGAGUGCAUCCUGUUCUUAUUAACUAUGGGAAUUAUUGUUAGAUAUUAUGCUACCAAAGACAUCCUGGUUUCCAUAGAAGAAAACUCUUGAUGGAGGGGAGCCCUCUAAAUGCUCCACUUUCCCUCCCUUGACUUUGCCCAGCCUUCUGGUACUUAUAUUUGAGAAAGUGCAGGCCAUGUGACAAUUCUUUCUCCUGUUGACUGGGGUUUAGAUCCCUGGGAACUAGUACAGCUUACACACUUCUCAAGGGCAGUGCACUGGGGGUUCCGUCACACCCAGGAUUUUUCAUUCCUCUUGCAGUGUUGGCCAGCAGAAAUGGGGCUGCUGUAAGCCUCCCACAUGUGUUUAUAAAUAAAUUCCUCAUUCAGAUAUUUUAGGUAGACUCUCAGUAACAGCUAUGUAUAAGAGUCAUGACCUCCACUUGGAUUGCUGAGCACAUCAGCCAUAAUAAUGAUCAGUCAUAGCUUCAGUGAUACUUUUUCCUGAACUUCAGUCUCUUCAGCAGUUUCACAAAUCAAGAUGUAGAAUCCUUCUAGCAAAAUCCCAGGACAUGUUUGUCUAAAUGACGUGCAUUUCUCUAAAUAGUCUCUAAACUUGCUUCAAAAAUAUUCCUCAAGGAGUUAACAAUAAUUCUGGACAUGAAUUGAAAAUCCCUUUUAUGAUAUAUUUUUUCUGAAAGAUUUUUUAAAAAGGAUAUAGUUUGACUUCAUUAUAAUUGUCAUAUAUAUUUCCAUAAGUAAAUGAAUUUUGAGGAAUCUUUAUUUUUGAACUUUAUUUAAAGCAUUUGUGAUGACAUGUUCCAAGUUUUGCAUGUAUGUAGCCUUUGAAGGAGAAAUAAAAUAAAAUAAAUAGGAAUGUUAGGCUCA